AACUUUAUCACAAUAUGCUAAUUUUUUGAGAAGGACCUGUAGAUUCAAAGACGGUGCAAACACUGUGAAGUGGAGUUGUAGAACGCUCUGCCAUUAGAAGGUCUGAGAUAUUUGAGAAAAUUGCUUCGAAUGUUUGAGAAAAGCUGCACUGAUAUUGAAAAGAUUUUCUUGCUGAUAACCAACUUUCCAUCUGUGCCAACAGGCUGUUCUGGUGAUUCAGCUCCAAUCUGUUCUUUUAUUCUUUCCAUUGACAGUUGCCAUUUUGCUUCUCCGGAAACCUCACAGCACAUCUGAUUCAGAACCAACCGAACAUCAACCAUUUUAUCUCUGCCCUCAUUACUGCUGAAGAUGUCUUUCCAGCAGGAACAAAAUAUUAAUAGAAACGGCACCCACUUGAAAUUCUAGGGUUUUUGUGGAUGUGCUUUAUUUUUCAAUAACUUUUCUAUUUUGGCUUCAUCUUUGUUAAAGCAGUUACAUGGAGAAAUAUGGACCCAUUAUUCCUGACCAAACUGGCGUAACUAAGUCAGGUCUGUAGACCACCUUUCUCACAAAUAGUCUACAGGUCUCAGGGAUUUGUGUUGGCCUCUCCUAAACAGUGACUUUGUUGUCCUUAAGGAGUUCUCAUGCAAAAUCCAUUCAAGAGCUGGAGAACUUCACAAGGAAUGGACUUAGGCUGGAGUCACGCAUCAAGAGCUCCUAUGCACAGACAAAUCAAAUCCUACAUAUGGGCUAAGGAAAAAAAGAACUGGACUAUUGCUCAGUGGUCCAAGAUCCUCUUUUCAGAUUAAGGCAAAGUUUGCAUUUUAUUUGGAAAUCAAGGUCCCAGAGUCUGGAGUGAAAAGGCACAGAAUCCAUGUUGCUUGAAGUCCAGUGUGAGGUUUCCACAGUUGAGAUGUAGUAAUUUAUCCAAAAGGAGGCAUAACCAGGUAUUGAGAGCAUAGAGAUGAACAUACUAUUCGGAAGCCUUAAAAAUUUAAAAUAUCCUUUUUUAUUGAUCUUAUGCAAUAUGUUUGAGAAACUGAAUUUGGGGUGUUCAUCAUCUGUAAGCCACAAUCAUACAGAAAUAAGAAAUUAAGGCUUAAAAUAUUUUAGACUGCCUGCAAUCUAAAUAAUAUUCAGCUUUUUCACAAUAUUUUAAUUUUUUUAAAAGACACCUGUAAUGUUCUUUCUUUUUUUGUGUGAAGUGCACCAGUCCCUCAUACAGCAAAACUCCCUCACAGCAAGAUGCUACCGCCUGUAUGCUUCAAAGUUAGGAUGAUGUUCUCAGGGUCAGGCCAGAUUACAAACUGUAAUCUGUUUUUUAAUGUUGCUUCUGGAGUAAUGGGUCCUUCCCCUUAAAGUGGUCCUUUUGUCUGACUGUUUGAAAAACUGUCUGCUUUGUCAAAAACUAUCAUUGAAGUGCAAUCUUCAGUGAACAACACAAAAGAAUGCAAUCCUAUCUGGACAUCAGGAGACGUCACUGUAGUGAAGAACAAUUUUGUUCAUAGAAACCUAUUUACCAGACUGGGAAACCAAGCACUCAGAUAUUCAGUUGCAUUGCUUAAAUCUUUCCUACAAUUUAUUUUGUCCUUGGGUGAGGUUUCCAAGACCAACUAAUCUAGAUUCAUACUAAAUAAAAACAACAAAAAAGGUAUUACUGCAGGUAACACUGACACCAUAUAACCUUUGACACGUUUAAAAAAACAAGUCAAAGAUGGAUUUGCAGUACUGCAAAGCAGUUAAACUUUUACUGUCCUACUUUUAAAUAUUUGUGAACUAUUCUUGAACCAUCAAGUUUUGAUAUUCAUUGACAUUUCAUUCUGUUCUGUCUGUUCUGUCACAAUGACUACUUUUACAGCAUCAACAUUAUGAUGAACAGAGUGGAAAGCUGGAAGUGGAACAUGAUUCUGCAGAGUUAAGGCUCUUAUCAGAUGUUACCAUUUAAACAGCUGGGUGGCAGUGGGCUGAUGGAGAAACUGGCCACCGUAUAUCUAUUGGCUAAUUUACAAAUGAAUGGUGUCUGUGAAAUGAUGUCACCAAAUUAAUCCACAACACUGCACAACAAGAAAUACUGUACAUGUUGCUUACAAAUGCUGCUUACGUAGACGUUCACUACAUUCCAUAAACAAGUGGUGCAUUUUAGCACAAAGAUUUGCAUUCGAUAGACCAUCACAGACUGUUCUGAGUCAGAUGUUUUGGCGUUCCACGUCACAGGAAGCGGGGUGUCAUACAUAAAGGCAAAGCGGGAGACCUCCUUUCUUCAGUCAGCACACGUUAGAAACAGCUGCAAGAACACAGCAGCCUUUAUGAGAGCAGAGCAGCAGAGGGAGAGAUCAGACCUGAGCUCAGUAUAACACACAUUUUCAAGGAUUUUCUUUGCAGAAAGAAGAUAAGGAUUUAUCUGCAGGAAGAAUUGGAAUUUACUGCGACCUCUUGGAAAAUUUGAUCUAAAUUAUUUGUGCAAGAAUAAAUCUAGAAAACAGCAAGAGCAUGGGCACCUGCUUCACCAGAUGUCAUUCUAACCGGACAGUCCUCGAAAAUCAGCCUGAACCCGCGAUGCCAAGACUACAGGAAAGUGUGAUUGUCUCUCUGUACGACUACCCAUCAUUUGAACGCACAGAGCUGACCAUGCACAUGGGGGAAAGACUAACCAUUGUGUCAGAUGAUGGUGAUUUUAUGAUGGUGAGAUCCACAACCACAGGCCGCGAGAGCUACAUUCCCACCAACUACACGGCAAAGGUGACUGACAGGUGGCUGUACACAGGGAUCAGCAGGUGCAUAGCAGAGGAGCUCCUUAGACAUCCCAGCAACCAGACAGGGUCAUUCAUGAUCCGAGAAUCAGAGACAAACAGAGACAGCUAUUCACUCUCCAUCCUGAGAAGGACCACCUCCUCAGACAUGAAUCCUGUGAAGCACUACCGUAUCUAUCAGCUGGAAAACACCUGGGUCUACAUAUCCCCACGACUAACAUUCCCCUCCCUCCAUCACCUGGUGGAACACUAUUCAGAGUCUCCAGACGGGCUGUGCUGUCGACUGACGGUCCCUUGCUUCAUCCAGGGGUUGGAUGACCCUAGGCCUGUUCCCAUUCCCGUCAGGAGACCAACAAUUAACUGGAAGGAAAUUAGCAGGUCUGUGAUCCUCAAGGGGAAGAGAACCGAGUCAGACAACUCUCUGGUGAGCGAGGGCCUGAGGGAGGCCAUCAGCUCCUACCUCCAGUUAACAGAGUGCAAAGAUCACAGCUGGGACACAUGAAGGAAAGACUGUGUGGUCAGUUUGAAGGAAUGACGUCCAACAGAAAGAGUGGAGUGAAAUACUGCUCUGGGGCUGCUGCAGUUUGAGCAAACUACUGAAGAAGGUCCUCUGCACACCCAAACGUAGUCUCUGAAGAUUGUCCAGGAACAGAUGCGAGGGUGAGACACUACGCUGCUCAGCGACCAGUCAAGCUGUUGUCCAAUUUUAUGGAAGGUGGAUGACGCACAUAGACACAAGAACUAAGCUGCAAAGGGAAAGGCGAAGAGACAAUGAAUAUUUCACCUAAUUUAUGACAAUUUUAACUUAAUAUUAAUAUUACAGCAAUAUGAUUGUAUAUGAAUGUUGUCGUGGUUGUCAUGUUAUUGAAAUACAAUAUAAUCUGCACGCUACUAAUAAAUAAUUUACACAAAUAAAACUACA